AUGGCACCCCGCGGUCGUGGUGGAAAAUUCUCAAAACCUACCAGAGGAGGUGGUAAACACUUCAGUCGCGAUAUACAACCACUCGACAAAGAUGGCAAUGCAUUAGGAAUGUGGAGGGAUCCCGAGGACGAAACCUCCUCAGAAGAGGAAGACGACUCCUCAGAAGAAGAAGAAUCCUCCGACGAUGGUGCCCCCGGUACCUCCAAAGUCGCACCCGAAGAAAUGACCCGUGAACAACGCAAAGCAGCCGCAAAAGCGAAAAAGGAAGCAGCAAUCAGAAAGCGAAAUCAAGUCGUCGCUCAACCCGGUGACUUGCCGCCUACAGAUUCGGAAGAUGAAGAUGAGGAUGACGAUGAUGAAGCCUUACCCGCAAACCCCAAUCAUUCUGCGAAAUCUCGCUCGCAGGCCAUGGCUCCCCCCCCUGUAGUGGAUGCGCCACCGAAGAAACCGAAAAACACAGAGCAAUUGUCCCGACGUGAGCGAGAGGCGCUGGAAGCUCAACAGGCGCGCGAACGAUACAUGAAAUUACACAUGGAGGGAAAGACGGACGAGGCACGCGCUGAUAUGGAGCGAUUGAAACUCGUGCGCGAGCGCCGAGAGGCGGAGAAAGCGCGCCGGGAAGCUGAGAAGGAAGAGCGGGACGCACAGCAGCAGGCGCGUCAGGAUGAAAUUUCCGAGCGCGAGAAGAAGCUUCGUGAAGCAGCCCUUGGAAAGCCUGCACGGGGCGGGAAGAAGGUUUCUAAGAAAUGA